CUGUAUAGCUGGCGAUUAGAUGUGCAGCAGCAACGAUGGCGGGUCCCAGUAGGAAGCAGAUGUUGAGGUUUCUAAGCCAAGUGGGGGCGUUUAUUUUGACCCGGUUUGGAUUUUGGAACUGCUUCAGCAUGCUGAUGCUCUUUGCUGAACGAGCGGACUCGAAAAGGAAGCCAGAUAUCCACAUACCGUACCUGUAUGUGGACAUGGGCGCUGCGGUGAUCUGUGCCAGCUUCAUGUCAUUUGGGGUGAAGAGACGGUGGUUUGCUUUGGCUGCUGCCGUACAGCUUGCCAUCAGUACUUACGCAUCAUACGUUGGAGAGCAGGUGUAUUAUGGGGAAUGGCUUAAGGUGCGAAUGUACUCCAGAGCGCUGGCCAUUAUUGGAGGCUUUCUGAUUCUGGCCAGCGGCGCAGGGGAAGUAUACAGACAGAAACCUCGCAGCAGAUCCCUGCAGUCUACUGGACAAGUUUUUCUUGGAGUCUAUCUCAUUUGCAUGGUUUACUCCCUCCAGCACAGCAAAGAGGACAGGCAGGUCUAUCUGAACCACAUCGUUGGGGGAGAGGUCACUCUGAUGCUGCUGGAGGUGGUGUUUGGCAUCCUGGCUCUGGCCUUCCUCUCCGGCUGCUACAUCCGCCUGGCCGCUCAGAUCCUGGCCACCAUCCUUCCUCUUAUUAUCUUGCUCAUCGAUGGUAACAUUGGUUACUGGCACCACACUCGGAAGGUGGAGUUCUGGAACCAGAUGAAGCUGAUAGGUCAUAAUGUGGGCAUCUUCGCCGCUGUACUGAUCCUAGCCACUGAUGGCUGAACAGUCACACACUCAGACAGCUUUUACAGACCAAGGUGUGUGCACCAGAGGAAGAUGUCGUUGGCCUUUUCAUCGUGGCCCAACUCUGUACUCAAAGCUGCCGUCACUCGAUGACGCCUCAGGAUUAAAAACAGUCACUGCUGAGACGGUUGGAUGUAAGCGGCGUCGAUUAUCCAGUUUGUAACUUUGCUUUUGCAAGGAAAAAGAAAAAACACAACCUUGCUUUUUAAAUGUUAAUAAUUUAUUUGGAUUUAUGUUUACAUUUUUGUUUCUGAUAUGCUCUGAAGCUUGACAGGGAGUGUUAUUACUACAAGCCUACUGGGAACUUUUAAAAGAGGUCUUAAUGAUUUCAAUCACUAUUUACAGUGGAUGGUUUAAAUACGUGAUUUUAAAAAAGGGAAAAAUUGCUGGGUGACAAAUUAAAGGAAACAGCCAUCAUGAAGCAACAGCUUGAUUGGGGUUUUAGAGAGGGAUGAAAGUGCACGGCUGCAAAGGAACAACACAAACAAAUAGUUUUAUGUCCAUUACCUUGUUUUUGUAAUUGUUAGAAGCCAUGUUUGUAACAGAAUUUAAAUUUGACUUAAUUCCAAAGUCCUUCUUGACCUGAAGAAAAGUUGAGAUGCAUUAUCCUAGGUGGUUCUUAUCUUAGUUGUCAACAAAAGCAUCAUUUUAGAUAAAUUCUUCCACAACCAGCAGUACUGUGCAAAAUACCACACAGCAGUGAGACCAAUCCGAGAAAAGGCCAAAAUGAUAACUGAAAGUAUAAUUUGAUUAAUUGCCAAUCUGUGCUUAGCAACAUGCUGAGCCAGAACAGCUUCAGUCCAGCUGUCUCUGUAAUAAACAGCUUUAACCUAAGAGAUUAUUCACUAAUUUUGUGAUUUGGUUUUUGCAGAGCGCCAACUUAAAACAUCAGCUCUCCUGUACGUACAUACAUACAGCUGUCUUUCUUAACCACCAACCAGAGGUUGGAACUGGAUCCUGUCAUAGCUGACUAUGAAACAGCACUCUCAUUGUUUAAUGGGUUGUCAAUCAUAAGCCUUAACAAAUAAGUGUACUCAUUAUUCUCCUUCCGAAAUUUACAAACUCAAUUGGCUUCACUUUUUAGACCCAGUCCGUCUUUUAUAUGUCUACAGCUGUAAUACUUUUUAACUGCUUACAUUUUAUAUGAAAUAACUGUUUCGUUACAUGGGUAUUCAAGUCACUUCAUUUUACUGAAAGUUGCAGUUUGUUUUCUAUGAUGUGCCCAAUUUGGCUCAACAUUCAGUUAACAAGGAAGAAAGGCUGAAUGUAACAGAUCCUUCAUGUCCAAGACUGUGCAGUGUGUUUAGGAGGCAUAAUUACCAGGAUGAGUGAUUAAAUAUGCAUAAAGCCUUUUUGGAGGAUUUAUAUUUAAUGUGUGGCUUGUGUCAGUGUCUAAACCAACAUGUAGUUCAACACAAAGAAAACACCUGAAUGUGUUUUUAUACUUAGCUAAAGAAGAUUCACCUUUGAGCUUCCAUUUAUUCCAUUAAUGACUUCAAUCAUUUUUUUUAGUCAUAUGUUGGUUUUAUGUUUUUACUAAUCUCACUGAAUCACUUCCAACCUGCCAGACUGGUCAGUCUGUUUUGUUUUGUGGUUUGCUAUGAACUUUUGCAAUAGGUUUGGCCACCAUUGCUAAAAUAAAGAUUUCUUCAUACAAUA